CAACAUUGAACGCGGUUUACCGCAGCAAAAACGACAGCGUUUAUUACCAGCAUAGCCAUAGGAAUUUUCUCUCAUAAUUCCGGGAAAACAAACGCGGAAAGCGAGAAAAUAAAGAAGCUUUGAUCCUACGCAAAUCAUUCUCUUCCUCCAAGUCUAUUGUUGUGAUACAGAUACUAAUCAUCAGUGUUAUAGAUUAUGGAUAAAGUGAAGAGUAUUUUAAAACCGAAACCAAAUCCACAACAGCAAGUGAGAGAUUGGCAGAGAAAGCUUCGCCAAGAAUGCCGCAACAUUGAGCGACAGAUCAGAGAUAUUCAGAGAGAGGAAAAAAGUGUACAAAAAACAAUUAAAGAAGCUGCAAAGAGAAAUGACAUGGGCUCUGCUAAGGCCCUUGCAAAGGAAAUUUUAAUGUCAAGAAAAGCUGUGAACCGUCUUUAUGAGAAUAAGGCUCAACUGAAUUCAAUAUCAAUGCAUCUUGGAGAAAGCGUUGCAAUUGCACGUACUGUGGGUCAUUUAGACAAGAGUGCCGAGGUCAUGAAACUCGUCAAUAACCUUAUGAAAGCUCCAGAGGUGGCUGCCACGAUGCAGGAAUUUAGCAAAGAAAUGAUUAAGGCUGGUGUUAUUGAAGAAAUGGUGAGCGAUUCUCUUGACACAGCAUUGGAUUCGGAUGACAUAGAAGAGGAAAUUGAAGAAGAAGUUGAUAAGGUCCUAACGGAAAUAGCUGGUGAGACAGCUGCACAGCUUCCAGAAGCUGUGAGGAAGGAGAGAGUGAGGGUGUCCGCCCAAACAGCAAGCUCCUCGCGUGAAGAAGAAGCAAUUGCAGAGGGUGCAGAUGAUGAAGAACUAGAAGAAUUAAGGGCAAGGCUUGAUAAAGUGAGAACAUAGUUUCAUAUGUUUUUCUUAACUACUUGAUUCCUCAGUACUAAGGAAAACUGAGUUUGUAUUGACGUGGGUUCGAGCCUAUCGUUCUUUAGAGAUUAUAAGGCUUACCCAGCAUACUUGAUU